AUGCCUCGGAAAGCCAAGUCUAAGCCUCAACCCGUUCAGGACUCUGUGCCUGAUGGCACUGAAAAUCAUUCAGAGGGAGGAGAAGAUCUUGCUCUCGGCGACCCACCCCACAUCGAUCCCUACGCCGUUCUGCACCUCUCCGAGAAUGCUACUGCUGACGAAAUCAAAUCUGCUUACCGCAAACUCGCUCUCAAACACCACCCAGACAAAGCUCUGCCUGAAGACCGCGAAUCCGCACAUAAGGCCUUUCAGCAAAUCGCAUUUGCUUAUGCCAUCCUCAGCGACGAACGCCGACGCAAACGCUACGAUGCUACGGGCAACACAGCUGAGAGCGCAAACAUUGACGACGAUGACUUCAACUGGGUAGAUUUCUUUCGGGAACAGACCGAGAACGUGGUGAGAGCUGAUAUGAUCGAACAAGUAAAAAAUGAAUAUCAGGGUAGCGAAGAGGAGAAAGAUGAUGUGUUGGCUGCAUACGAACAGGGCGAGGGCGACAUGGAUGCAGUCUUUGAGAGCGUCAUGUGCAGUGAAGUUGUGGCAGACGAGGAUCGGUUCAGAAAGAUCAUUGAUGAGGCUAUCGCCCAAGGUGAGGUGGAGGCAUACAGUCGUUACACCAAGGAAAACAAGAAAAGCCGGGAAAGGAGGAGGGCAAACGCGAAGAAAGAAGAAGCGGAGGCGAGACAACUAGCCGAGGAGCUGGGAGUCGCAGAAAAACUCUUCGGCAAGAAAGACUCUGGCAAAAAGAAGUCCAAAAAGGGAGGGGACGACAAUGAUGCGCUUCAGGCUUUGAUUCAACAGCGUCAGCAAAACAGGGCUCAGAAUUUCUUCGACGAUCUGGAGGCAAAGUACGGAGGUGGCGCGAAGAAGGGCAAGCGCAAGGCCGUGGAUGAACCGCCAGAGGAGUUGUUUCAGAAAAAUGCAAAGAAAGGGAAGAAAGGCGUCAAAGCUUGA